AUGACCAGCCUGAGACCAUUAAAGAUGUCCACUCAACUUGCCGAGUCCCCCCAACCCAUGCCCCUAGAGGUAACCGUUUACGGCCCUUACAAUGCCCUCAAGGCCGCCAACUUUGGUGCAAAGCGUCUCCUCCUCUGCCGCAAAGACUCCUCUUACGUGGGCGGUCUCACCCCUGAGAUCGAAGAGCUCGAGUACCUGAGAGACAAUAUUCAUAUCCCAAUCAGCUGUGCCAUUCGACCCCGUGGAGCUCCUGACAUUUUUCUUGUCGGCGAAUCGCAAGACUAUAUCUAUUCAAAUGAUGAGUUCAUCGAGGUGUGCGAUUCGAUCCUUAAUCUCAAGGAGACAGGUGUCAUGAAUCCUCUUCGCGGCGAUUCUUUCGUCUUUGGAUGCCUGAAGCGAUAUUAUGAAGGGACAACCGAGGGUCUGAAGAAGAAGAAGAUCGUUCUUGAUCGAUAUCAAUGUGGCUAUCUCGUCAACAUAGCCAAGCCGUUCGGGUGUGUCUUCAAUCGUGCCUUUGACCACUUCGCCAAGGGCGGAGACUGGAGUAACAUCAUCCCUCAACUCAUCAAAAUCGGCUUCACGGGCGUCAUGACAACUGGAGGACCAGGAAAGUUUAAUCGUCACAUCGAACUCCUUGGAGCCAUGGGCCAACAAUUUCGUGACAUUCAGCUCAUCGUUGCUGGUGGGUUCCACUGCCCUGAGAUCAAGAAGCUUCGAGCCUACGCGAACGAAUACGACACCAAUACGGUCUGGGUUAAUGGGGAGUGUCUUCGUCCCGAGCGUCACGAGGAUUCAGAGACUUGCGACAUGAGCAGCGUCAUGGGUAUGAUGGAUCUGCUCGGCCUUCAGACGACGGAUUAG